AUGACCACAGCGCAAGAAGGCGGUAGCACCUCCCCCAAGAUCACCGUGCCGCUCUGCGUCUCCACCUUCAGUUUCUUCAUCAACGGCAAGCCCAACAUCUGGAUGACGGCCACCCAGACGUAUCAGAUCUACAGCGGCGCAAUCGCCGCAUGGGGCGCCGCCGUUCCUGGCUCGGCCGUCUCGGGCUAUGGCGACGGCAUGGACGGCACGGCCAUGACGUACGCCGGCCUUAAGAAGGUGGAGGGCACCCAGGCCGUGUGCGACGCGAUUGCCGCGACCAAGGGCGCCAUUGGUUACGCGUUCACCGGUGCCUGCAGCGUGACUGCGAAGCGUCAGUUCGCGGCUGUCAAGAACGCUGCUGGCGUGGCCAUUGUCCCCUCUAAAUGGAAACCCGGAGCUGCGAUCCCCACCACCCCGCCCGCUGCACCUGAUGCUUCCUGGGCGACCGUGGACUUUAUCUACAAGGGCAGAGCUACAACCCCUCCCAUGGUGUCUAUGGAGUUCGCUUUCAUCCGCAAGACCGUCAGCGGCGCGCAGGGCAGGAUCGCCAAGGCGUUCAGUGCGACGCCUCCUGCUUGGCUCAACCCGUCCAGUGCCUUGCUGAAUGCCAUUGUUGUGUCGGCGUAA